CUUCUUAGCUUCCUUCCUUCCUUCCUUCCUUCCUUUUCUUGCGUUCUUUUCUUAACUUGUCCUUCCUUCCUUCCUUCCUUCCUUCCUUCCUUCCUUCCUUCCUUCCUUCCUUCCUUCUUUGCUUUCUUUCCUAACUUGUCCUUCCUUCCUUCCUUCCUUCCUUCCUUCCUUCCUUCCUUCCUUCCUUCCUUCCUUCCUUCCUUCCUUCCUUCCUUCCUUCCUUUUCUUGCGUUCUUUUCUUAACUUGUCCUUCCUUCCUUCCUUCCUUCCUUCCUUCCUUCCUUCCUUCCUUCCUUCCUUCCUUCCUUCCUUCCUUCCUUCCUUCCUUCCUUCCUUCCUUCUUUGCUUUCUUUCCUAACUUGUCCUUCCUUCCUUCCUUCCUUCCUUCUUUGCUUUCUUUCCUAACUUGUCCUUCCUUCCUUCCUUCCUUCCUUCCUUCCUUCCUUUUCUUGCUUUCUUUCCUAACUUGUCUUUCCUUCCUUCCUUCCUUCUUUUCUUCCUUCCUUCCUUCCUUCUUUUCCUUCCUUCCUCUUCUCUCCUCCCUUCCUUCAUCCCUUCCUUCCUUCCCUCCUUCACCUGGGCGUCCUUCUUUUCUUCGCAGGGCGUUCCUUCCUUCCUUCCUUCUUUCCUUCAGAGAGGAGGCGGCGUCUGGAGCGUCUCCCUUCUCUCCUCCUUCUCCGACUUUUCCUCCUUCUUUCUUUCUUUCUUUCUUUCUUCCCUCUGCCCUCGGGAUGCCCCUGGAGGCGCUCGUGGCGUGGGCGUGGGGCGGGGGUGGGGCGGGGGCGCGGGUGGGGCUGGCCCUGUCCUCCUGGCUGCCCCUGGCCCCCCUGGCCUGCGCCUUCUUCUCCGCCCGACUCCUCCUCCUCCUGCCCCCCACCACCAGCCCCGACUGCCGCCCCCACGGGACCCCCAACGCCUCCCAGGCAGAGGAUACUGGAGACACUGGAGGAGGGGGCUUCGCCAACGCCAGCUGGACCCUGCCCUGCGCCCUGCUCCGCACCACCGCCGUCACCCAGUGGGGCUUGGUCUGCUCCGAGCAAUGGAAGGUCCCCUUGGAACAAGCCACUUUCCUCCUGGGGUGGAUUCUGGGCUACCUGGGCUUCGGUUCGGUUUGCGACAGGUUCGGACGCCGGACUGCCUUCGUCACCUCGCUGGUGCUCUCCGUCCCGCUGGGCUUCGCAGUCUCUUUAGCCACAAGUUACGCCAUGUUUGUUCUCACUCACCUGCUCUUCGGGGCAACCUUGGCCGGCGCCUUCCUCUCCCUCUACGUUGGCAGGCUGGAGCUGUGUGGCCCUGCGCACCGGCUGACGGUCACCAUGCUGUCCGGCUUCUUCUGGGUGGCCGGAGAGCUGCUCCUGCCCGGCCUGGCCGCCGCCUGCAAGGACUGGCGCCUCCUCCAAGCAGCAGUCACGCUGGCCCUGGCCCUGAUGGCGCUCUGCUGGUGGUGCCCAUCGCUGUUCCCGGAGUCGGCCCGCUGGCUGCUGGCCACUCACCAAACGGAGGAAGGCAAGGCGGCUUUGCGCAGCUUAGCCGAGGGCAAUGGGGUCCAGUUGGAAGAGGAGCAACUCUUUGCAGAACUGGACAACCUGUCCGAAGGGGAGCCCAAGUACAGCAGCGUCUGGCAGGUGUUUUGCACUCGGGUCGUGUGGAAGAACAGCCUCAUCCUGGGAUUCACGACGUUCAUUGGGAGCGGGAUCCGGCACUCGUUCACGCGCAACCUGCCCCCCUUCGGCCCCGGGUUCUACUUCGCCUACUUCCUCCCGGCCGUGAGCGAGGCCCUGGCCCUGCUCUUCCUCUGCCUGGCCGUCGACCGCUUUGGCCGCAGGGCCGCCCUGCUCGCCGGCACCAUCCUGACCGGCCUCUCCUCGCUCCUGCUCCUGGCCCUGACCCAGUAUCUCGAGUCCUGGCUGGUGCUCUCCUUCUCCGUCUUGGGACUUCUCGCUUCUCAAGCUGUCUCCGCCCUUAGCGUUCUCUUCGCCGGCGAGGUUCUGCCCACCGUGGUCAGGGGGGCCGGGCUGGGCCUGAUCCUGGCGGCCGGAGCGGUGGGCGCGCUGUCCACUCCGCUGCUGGACAUCCGCGACAGCCGUGGCUUCUUCCUGCACCACGUGGUCUUUGCCUCCUUCGCCAUCCUCUCCGUGCUCAGCAUCAUGCUCCUGCCGGAGACCACGUCCAAGCCUUUGCCGGACUCCUUGCGGGACGGAGAGGAGCAGCGACGGCCACCGCUCUUCCGGCCACGGCGACGCUCCGGCCGGCAAGACCACCUGCCCCUGCUCGCGGCCCGUCCUGGGGGGCAACACCACCCCUACGACCCCGAGAGCUACGCCCGGCUGGUCACGGCCACCAAGAAGAUGCGGCUCGGAGGGCAAGCCGUGUCCUCGGAGCCGGUCCCCAAGGAGGACGAGUAGAAGCCAGCGGACCUGACGGGAUCCCGGGGAGCUCGGAAAGCAAAGAAGGCCCUACAAACGGUCAAGGGAAUUGGACUUUGGGGUCACCCGUCCCAAGAGGUGUCCACGGAAGCCACAGACCCACACUCCCCUCCCCUGCUCAGCCUUCGUAUUUUUGGGACCCUGGGUGCCGUUUGUAUAGUAGCCACCGAAUAAAACCGUGGGCCACCUUUGU